AUGUCGUCAACAACAACCGCAACCCCACCCCAACGCCCUCUCCUAAUCCUCUACGCAACAGAGACAGGCACCGCCCAGGACGUUGCGGAGCAACUUGCAAGGGAGGCGAAGCGGAGGUGGUUUGAUGUGCGGGUUUUGGGAAUGGAUGAGUAUGAUCGGUCGCAGCUAAUCAACGAACCCCUCGUCGUCUUCAUCUGCUCCACAACCGGCCAAGGCGAAGAACCCGCCCCAAUGACCAAAUUCUGGAAGUUCCUCCUCCGCAAAACCCACCCGGCCGACAUUCUUUCCCACAUGCACGCAGCAGUGUUUGGCCUCGGCGACUCCUCCUACGCCAAAUUCAACUUCCCCGCCAAGAAGUUGUACAAACGCUUAGCGCAGUUGGGCGCCCAGAUGCUGUUGCCGCGAGGCGACGGCGAUGAUCAGCACUACAUGGGGUAUGAAGGUGGAUUGGACCCGUGGUUGGAGGGGUUUUGGGAGAAGGUCUUGGCAAAGUGGCCGAUACCCAAGGGGAAGGAGAUAGUGAGCGCGGAAACGAUCCCGGAGCCGAGUUUCGAGAUUCGGUUCCUUGAAGACGAGCCGACAGCCACGAAUGCGGUGGAUGCGGGGGAUGCGACAGCAGAACCCCACCACCGCCGCCCCACCCGCCUCACCGCCCACCUCACAACCAACACGCGCCUCACCGCCCCCACCCACCCACAAGACGUCCGCCACCUCGAAUUCGCCCUCCCCCCCUCCACAACCUACAACCCCGCCGACGUCAUGCUCAUCCACCCCCAAAACCUUCCCACCGAAGUCGCAUUGGUCCUCGACCACUUCAACUGGACAUCCAUCGCCGAUAAGGUCUUCACACUCCACCCCACCGCGGAUCAUAUAUCUCUUCCGGCCCACCUACCCACCCCCCUGACACUACGGAAUCUAUUAACAUGUCAUCUAGAUAUCCUCGGUCGCCCCCGCAAAUUCUUCUUCCACCUCCUCGCAUUCUUCACCACCGACCCGCUCCACGCCGCGAAACUGCGAGAAUUCACAACACCGGAAGGUGCAUCGGAGUUGUUCUCCUACGUCACGAAACCGCGUCGAACGAUGUGGGAGAUCCUCCAGGAUUUCACCUCGGCCACCGUUCCUCUAAAAUACCUCCUGGACCUGAUCCCCCCGCUCCGCCCACGCUCCUUCUCGAUCGCAUCCUCGCCCGCGGUGCAUCCGCACACGAUCCACCUCUGCGUCGCGAUCGUCGGGUACAGAACCAAGCUCCAGAAACAGCGAACGGGCGUGUGCACGGCCUACCUCGCCCACCUCACACCGCCGUCGCCCGUGCGCUUUGAGAUCAAACGCGGCUCGUUGAGAUUACCGCGGGAUCCCACCACACCGGUGAUCUUUGUCGGACCGGGGACCGGGGUCGCCCCCCUGCGCUCCCUCAUCCAACACCGCGCCCACGCCAACCGCGCACACCUCGACACCCUCGUCUUUGGCAACCGCAACCGCCACGCUGACUUUUUAUACCAACCCGAGUGGGAACACUUGGAGCGCGCGGGGAUGAAGCUCCUGACCGCGUGGUCGCGCGACCAGGACACGAAGAUAUAUGUGCAGGACCGGAUGCGGGAGCACGAGGCGGGGGUUGGCGAGACGAUGAGGAAGGGCGGGUGGGUUUUGGUCAGUGGGAGUGCGAAUAGGAUGCCGAAGGACGUCACAGCCGCCCUCGUCGACAUCGUCGCUUCUCAAUAUUCCAUGACCCCCGCGGACGCUGAGGAGGAAGUAAGGAAGUGGGUGAGCGAGGGAAGGGUGCAGAUGGAGUGUUGGUCGUAG